GGAUUAUCCCUUCAAUCAUCAUAUUCGUUUCUAAUCCUUUUCCUCAAAUUAGGGUUUCGAUUAUUCAUUCCAUAUUUGUCUUUUUUGCAGAGACGGUGAAGAAGAGGGGUGAUUUUAGGGUUCGUAAUCAUCAACCAAUUUCCACAGAUAGUCAACACAAAACGGUAUGGAUAUGAUUUCCAGUUUUAUCUCUCUCAUCCCCCUCUCUUAUAAUUGAAAGGGGUCGGUUGAUAAUUGGAAUUCAGUUAAUAAUAAUGUUCAAAUUAUCUGUUACACAGUGUGAUUAUAGUUAGUUCGUUUCAUGGAGGUGCAAAUUUGGGUUAAUUGUUAAAAAACCUAAGAGGAUUAGAAGGUCUGUCUGUAAAUUUGAAAUGGGUUGUAAUGGUCCUCGUGAUAUGGAUGAUGAGCCUUUGUCUGGGUUGUCAUCGGUUUCCAAUUGUUUGUUUGGAGUGGAAACAACAGCGCCAGAGGAAGUUGGAAAUGUUAGUAAGGGGUGUGAAAGUGAUAUUGUUGAACAUCUUUCUGAACGGGUUACGGAAUCAUUAGAUUUAGAUUAUGAUGAUACUGGAGAUGGAGAUGGAGAUGACAUGGGUUUUGGAGAGGGAAUGUGUUCUGAAGAAGCUUGUCUCAUAUCUAAUUCAUUUCUAGAUAUAGAGGAUCGACCUGCCGUGUUCCUUUCUCCUGGAUGUAGUAAUGCAGUUACCAAUGUGAACUCCUCCGUUGUUCAAGAUGUUGUGUCGGUUAGUAGGGAUGGGCAAGAAAAUCGGUCCUGGAACAAUGAUCUCUCUUUAUCAGUGAAAAUAUUACAGGAUGAAGCUUGUGUAAGUGAGCUUUGUCCUGAGGAAAGUUCUCAGGUGGGUCAGUUAUGUUGUUUGGUGGGCACUCAGGAAUUGUUAAUGGGAAGGAAAGUGUUUCAACAUGAGGGUGGCAUAAUUAGCACGGCACAAGACAAAGAAAUGUGCUUUCUGAAGUCACCCUUGAACACUUCACCGAGUAAAUGCACCCAGCGAUGUGAACAGGAGGAUCCUAAGAUGUUUGUACCUUCAGGUGAGUCGGAAGAGAAGCAUUAUAUUUUGCCUGGGUCCUCAAUCGCGCUAACAACCCAAGUAUCACAUACAGAAGAAGGCAACUUUAACACAAGUGAAAGUCCACAGAGUAAUCGCACCCAGCAAAAUGAGUACAAGGAUGAUGAGAUUUUUGUACCUUCAGAUGAAGCGGAUAAAGUUUGCAAGGAGAAUGUGGAAGAAAGACAUAAUGCUUUACCUGCUGAGAGCAAUGGGAUGACCCAUUUACCGGAUACACAGGAGAAUAACUCUUGUAAUUUAAUUGAAGGGCCUCCCAACUUGGCCUCUGAGUGUGCCAUUGAAGAUUCGGCAUCUUUACUGUUAUCUCAGCACUUGGGUGUCGUGAGUAUUAGCUCAUUUAAUUGUUCGGUGACACAAAAUCAUCAGGAAAUAGAUAGUUUGGCUGAUGCUUCGGCUUGUAGUUUAAUUGACUCUACUGUGCAGACAUUCAAUGAAAUAAAAGAUACUGUUGAAGCAGAUUUUGCUUCCACAUCCACAUUUACAGACAUUGUACAUUUAUCUCCGCAAAUAAGGACGCAGCAAAGUAAAUCCAGUGACAUGAUUCCAAGAAGAAAAACUGCACGGUUAAGAACACUUGUCAAUAGCAUUGUUCCAGCUAAACCCAUUGCUAUUUCCUCGGAGAUCUCCAGAGGGAAAAGAAGUUGUCCGUCUAAACAGGCACGCUCCUCAAUUUGGGGAACACUGGGAAAUAUUAUGGAUGUCUUUACGGAACAUGAUGGUCUUGUUAAGCAUGAGCCUGAACCUGAGCCGCAGUUCAAUCAAAUGGAGAAACAAAGGUCCAAUAAAAGAAAUAAUGGACAAGUAGGUAAAAGGCGAAAGAGCUCUCGAGCUGGUGGGAAUUCUCGCACUCCAAGGAAAGCAAAAUCCUGUGUUACAACUGGUCGUAUUCGUUUGAAGGUUAAAAUUGAGGAGGAAGAUCGAGGUCAAACAAGUCCUAAUGUUGUGCCCCCUGAUGUUAUUGAAUCUUUGGAGUCUGUGCCAAUUGUUGCUGGUGAGAUUUCCUCCAAACCAGUAUUUUCUGGAGAAAUUUCAGAAUUGGUGAAUGAUGUCGAAUGCAAGAUGGCAGAAAUUGUUCAUGACACUGGUGCUGACCUGGAAAAUUUAGUCACUUUUCAAGGUUCGUCGGUUCAGGAAUUUCUUCACCAUGGGGAUAAGUAUACUGCAGACCUGGAAAACUCUGUCACUUUUCGAGGUGCUUCUGUAGAGAGCACUGGGGCACAUGAUAUUUCCGUUGGAAGCACAUUGAGUAAUUGUUCUUGGGUUUCCUCACAAAAUAAGAUGGAGACCUUGGUAGAGGCUGUUGAUUGUAGGUACACAGAUCCCGGAACAUCACCUGAUUCAGAAGUGAUUAACUUAGUCCAGGAGGAUACUGCUGGUACAAGAGAAAGCAUGCUUCAUGACUCUGUUUGCAUUGAGGCAUGUCCCGGGGGAUCAUCUAUUGUCUCAGGACCUGAUGAACUUGGAGAAAGGUUUAAAGUGGAAACUAUUCUUCAGAGCUUUGAAACAUCUGGGGGGUUGUUUCCGACUAGUAAACCUGCUGGUUUGAAGCUUCCAAAAUGUCCUAAAUCCAUUUCUGGACUUAGCAAGCGCAGAUCACGUGCCCCUGAUUCAGCAAGGCGAGCGGUUGGAAGCACUCCUCCAAAGCAGAAAGGAGAUUCCCGGAAGUCUGUUAACAAGGGGAAAAGCAAGAAGGAGGGUACUUUGUCCCUGGCUAUGUCUAAAGGAGAAAUUCAACUAGAAACUGAUGAAGGUGCUGAUAUCUUUCCAAAGAUGGGAAAUCAUUCAGAAUUGCAAGGCUUACCUGAAUUGAACAGUAGUAAUAUUAUGGGGGCCCCAUCUGAUGCUCAAGCUCAAGAAAAACCUAAAAUUGACAACAAAAUUGCACCUGAAGACUUUUCUGAGUCAUCGGUGUCAAAUGCUUUUGACCAGCAGUUAUUACCUUCUAGAAAUGCAUGGGUUCUUUGCGACGAUUGUCAUAAGUGGCGUUGUAUACCAGCUGUACUUGCCGAUUCCAUAGAGGAAACAAACUGCCAAUGGACGUGCAAGGAGAACAUGGACAAGGCAUUUGCAGACUGUUCAAUUCCUCAAGAGAAGACAAAUGCAGAAAUAAAUGCGGAGCUGGACAUAUCAGAUGCAUCUUGUGAGGAAGAUGUUUGUAAUGCACAAUCAACUCGUAAGGGAGUUGAAGCCAAGAAGAUAUCAGAUUCCAAACCAGCUUCCUGGACGCUUAUUAAGACCAACUCUUUCUUACAUCGUAAACGUAAAACCCAAGUCAUUGAUGAGAUAAUGGUGUGUCACUGCAAGCCACCUCAAGAUGGCCAGCUUGGUUGCGGAGAUGAGUGCCUGAAUCGGCUGCUUAAUAUUGAAUGUGUUCAUGGGACCUGCCCUUGUGGCGAUCUUUGUUCAAAUCAGCAAUUCCAGAAACGCAAAUAUGCAAAAUUUCAGUGGUUUCGUUGUGGAAAAAAGGGAUUUGGGCUGCAGUUGCAGCAAAAUGUACCUGAAGGGGCAUUUCUUAUUGAAUAUGUUGGAGAGGUGCUUGACGUGCAUAGCUACGAAGUGCGACAGAAAGAGUAUGCCUCUCGAGGUCAAAAGCAUUUCUACUUCAUGACAUUGAAUGGCAGUGAGGUAAUAGAUGCAUGUGGAAAAGGAAAUUUGGGCCGUUUCAUCAACCACAGUUGUGAUCCUAAUUGCCGUACGGAAAAGUGGAUGGUGAAUGGAGAAGUUUGUGUUGGACUCUUCGCUCUAAGGGAUCUCAAGAAGGGUGAGGAGGUAACCUUUGAUUACAACUAUGUUCGUGUGUUUGGAGCUGCUGCCAAAAGAUGUAAAUGUGGUUCUUCGGUGUGCCGAGGCUAUAUUGGCGGUGAUCCAUCGAAUACAGAAGUUGUCGUCCAAGGUGAUUCAGAUGAAGAAUAUCCUGAGCCGUCGAUGAUAACUGAAGAUAGUUAUUAUGUGGACUUUGUGGAUGAAAAUUCUGAUUCUAGCUUGGCUGAUGGAGCUAUAGUAGAACACGGAGAGUGUACCGUGAAUGCUUCUGAUACAGUGUGUACAUCCUCUAUUAAACAGGCGGAACAGUCUCCGGAGAAGGGAAGCGUUUCUGUAUCUUCUUUCGAACCAUUGGUGUCUAUAACUGCUGAAGGUACUGCCAGAGAAUUUCCACCUCAUGGUCCAGGGGUAUUAUUACAAACACAGGACACUAUGUUCAAGUCCUCGUUAGGUUUUCCAUCAUCACAAACACAGGAUGCUACAAGCAGUGCGCCUAUUACUCAACCGUUGGAAACCUCUGUAACCACAAAGCUUAUUAGCAAAUCCCUAUCAGAUUCUGAUCCAGCUAACAAAAAGCAAAUUUCUGAGCGUCUUGAAGAGAAGUCAAAUAUUUCAAAACCACAGCCGGUCGUGAAAUCAUCUCGUCCAUCAGUUUCAGUCAAAAAGGUUAAGUCCAAUUCUUCUGCUGUAACCAGCAGCAAAGCUCGGUUCGUGGCCAAUAAACCCAAGAAGUUGUUAGAAGCUACUUCUAGUAAUCGCCUAGAAGGAGUUGAAGAUAAACUCAAUGAGUUGCUAGAUUCUGAUGGGGGUAUUAGCAAACGAAAAGAUGCAACUAAAGGAUACUUGAAGCUUUUGCUUGUCACUGCAGCUUCUGGAGACAAUGUUAAUGGAGAGGCAGUUCAAAGCACAAGAGAUCUGUCGAUAAUUCUUGACGCUCUCUUGAAAACAAAGUCAAGGAUGGUUUUGGCUGAUAUAAUUAGCAAAAACGGACUGCAGAUGCUGCACAACGUGAUGAAGCAUAACAGAAGAAACUUCAAUAAAACUCCCAUUAUCCGGAAGCUUCUUAAGGCCUUAGAGUAUCUAGCUGUGAAGAAGAUCCUUACCAUAGAACAGAUUAAUAGAGUUCCUCCUCGUGCUGAAAUUGAAAGCUUUAGGGAGUCUAUAUUGGAGUUGACAAGACACAGCGACGUACAGGUCCAUCAAAUUGCGAGGAACUUCAGAGAUACGUGGAUUCCUCGUCCAACAUGUACUCCUCGCCCAAACAGAAGAUAUGGUUACCCAAACAGGGAAAAUGGCAAUUUAGAAUUACACAAUGGUUCAAGCUUCAAUCGAACAUCGGUAUCCCGUAAACGAUGGCAUGAUAAUGAUGGUGUAAAACCCAUGGAAGACAUAAACUCCCACUUGCAUAUUGGGAGUUCUGAUCCUGCAACAGAUGGCUGCAGAAAUAAUGGAGCAAAUAUACGCAAGCGUAAAAGCCGGUGGGAUCAACCAGAGGUGAAUGCCAAAGUUCCAGAACGAACAGAGGUGGAUGAGAACCUGAAAGGGAAACAAAAGAUGGAAUUAAAUGCGCACCACACUGAUAUGGAGCUUGCUGGAGAGAGAAAUAUUCCUAAUGGCUGCUAUCAAUCUAAUCUUUCUCAAGGUGACUUGGUGCAGGAAAUCCAUGAUGACGCGCCUCCUGGUUUUCCAGCUCCCUUUAGCAGCAGCCCUACACUUGUAUCAAAUACUUCUUCUUCAACAGCCUCUCCGAGUAGUUUCCUCCGAGAAACUAACACAGAUUGUGGUUAUUGUGAACUGGUUACUGGGUGCAUACAGAGUCGGUAUAUGUCACACUUGACCGUGUCAUACGGGAUCCCUCUAUCAUUUGUGGAGCAGUUGGGUACAACUGAGGCAGGGGUUUUGGAUAGUUGGGUAACUGCACCAUCCAUACCCUUCCAUCCAUUUCCGCCAUUACCUCGAUUUCCUCGUGAAGAAAGCAAUUCUCUUACUUCACCAUCAUCAACUAUGAAACAUAAUGGAGGAGGAUGCAAGGAAGAAGUGCUGCGUGAAGGCAAUUGGCAUCAAGAAGAUAUAAAUAUGACAAGCACGUCUGGAAGGGCAAGGCCUCCAGAGGGAUCAGCUACCUGGGGAAGGGGUAACAACUGUAAACGGAUGGUUGAUGAGCCAAUGAGGUAUUCGUCUGCAGGCAGUGGGAAUUUGGGACAGAGGUAUUUUAGGCAACGAAAAUGGAACAGUAAUCGCAGAAAUGGUCCACCAUGGAGUGCCAGGAGGAAUAACGGGAUGGGUUGGAAAGAAAGCAGCAAUAACAGUCCAAGAAAUGGGGUACAGAAUUUAGACUUAGGCAAUGUAGAAAAUUUGCACGGUGAUAGGGGUGAGAGUGAAAAUAAAAAUAACGCUUCUACAGUGUUUCAAGAACGUCCGCAAUACGGGUAUGAAUGAUUACAGGGUUGAGGUUCUCCCUUUCUAAUCUUUAAUAUGUGUUGUCAAUUCUUUUUAUUUUUUUCCCCCAUCUUUUCUUCUUUUUAUUUCUCUAAAGUUCAAAAACUACUGGCUGAAACUAAGAGUAUGAUUCUAUUGAAUGUACCCUUGGCUAAUCAGUCCAGUAAUUCACUCCUUCAAAAGGUGUUUCAUCCCAUGUUGUACUUUUCCUUCUCCUUUUCUUUUAGGAGAAGUAAAGAUAACUGAGCUUUGUGGAAAUAAAUCGUCAUAUUGUUGAAUACAAAAUCGUUAUAUUGUUGAAUAGAACUAGUUUUUCA